AUGUUCAAAGUCGGUGGGUGGCUCAAGGGCCAUACACCCGGGCAUUCAAAGAGUCUGGACUCUUUGGAUGAGUUUGCACAGAUUCAGGAAGCUAUGGGUGCUGUUAACUAUAUCAUGGCCGACGAUAUCGAAAACGCCGAAAUUCACCUUAACAAGGGCAGUUCUCCAUUUCACCAGCUUGGAGCAGGUGUAUGCGUCUUCAUAAGGGCAACGUUGGGUUUUGAACCAGAAAUCGUCCGCGAAGCCGCCAAUGCCUUGUAUGUAGCCGAGAACUCAGCCUACGAACAACAGCGACGCGCUAGCAAAGACCCAAACUCGUAUCGGUCGUCGAUAUACCCCCCGGGCACUGAAUAUGUGGUAUGCAUGGCGGAAGCACAGUUGAUGAGUGCGGUUGUGGGUGUGCUCAACGAGAGCUUGACUGAGGCCAUCAAGAGUUUCUACAAGCUGAGGAAAGCAUAUAUUGCGUUGGAGGGUGUGAUACAGAAUGAGAAGAACUUCCUCAAGGAAAGGAGUACAAGCAGUCUCAACUCCUCAGGGUCGAGUAGCUCUUUAAAAGGUGGAUCAGGCCCUUCGAGUUUGAAGAGUAGCAAGGUUCAGGGCUCCAAGGCUGCUGCACCUGCGAAUGCAUCUGCUGCAGGUUCGACGUCCGAUCUUAAGCAGACUACGACAAUUACCCCGGAGACAAAAAAGGCCGCACACGAUGACAACGACGAUGAUUUUGAAUUCGUGGAUGCUGCAGAAGACCGGCCGGAGGUUGCAACACCUCUUGAAUAUACAGGUCACAUUAAUGUCCCUGUUGACAAGAAUGCUUCAGUGGAACUAAACAAUGCCCAAAAGAGAGUUGACGUGGAAUCUAGUUCAGCACCGGCUCUACCUACAGCAGGUGAAAACUCAUCUUCAAUACCGAACGCCAUCGAAUAUUUUGAGCAGCUCACAUUAAGCGAUGAGGGCCAGGACAUUGCUUCGUUUAGCGAUCACCCAGUAGAUACUUUUGUUCUGUCUGGAUCUAACUUUUGUUUUGGGAUGUUACUACUCAUUCUCUCAUUUAUACCGCCCUCAUUUGCUACCUUGCUGAAGGUAGUCGGUUUCAAGGGUGACCGAGAACGAGGCAUGAAGAUGCUGUGGCAGGCGACCAAGUUUGACAACAUCCAUGGUGCCAUGGCCGGUGUGGUCCUGAUGGGAUAUCUAAAUGGGUUUACAAACUUUUGCGACAUUCUCCCAUCACAUGGAGAGGGUGCAUAUCCUAAGGAAAAAUGUAUGGCUUUGCUCCGCUACAUGCGUGAAAGGUAUCCCCAGAGUCAUCUGUGGCUUCUUGAGGAAUCACGAAUGCUGGCAUCUGAGAAAGAGCUCGAAAAGGCUGUUCAAUUCAUAGCCGAGGCGGGCGAGACGAAGCUCAAGCAACUCGAGGCCCUGAGCUGGUUCGAACGUAGUCUCAACAACAUGUAUAUGCACGACUACGAGGCCGCUGCCGCUGGGUUCGACAAAUGCGUCACCCUGAACAACUGGAGUCACGGACUAUACUACUACAUCAUCGCCGCGUCCUACAUCGAGUUGUACAGAAAAAACAAGACCACCAACCCCACCGAAGCAAAGAAGUACGGCGAAAAGGCCGAAGAGAUCAUGAAAAAGGUAAUCCCCAACACGGGCAAAAAGAAGUUCAUGGCCCGCCAACUCCCCUUUGACGUCUUUGUCAGCCGCAAGAUCCAAAAAUGGGAAGCCCGUGCCAAAGAAUGGAAGUGCGGCCUCAUCGACGCUGUCGGCAUCUCGCCCAUCGAAGAGAUGAUAUACUUCUGGAACGGCUACAAACGCAUGCGCAACGACCACCUCGCCGUCUCGCUCGCGAACCUCGCCUGGAGCGAAUCUCCCGCCAACCCGCACUGGGACAAGGAAAGCGUCGACGAGAAAGCUAUACUACAUGUUCUCCGCGCUGCUACGCUACGCAGCAUGGGGCAGCCGGCUGAAGCCAAGGUUCUUCUUGAGAAGGAAGUGUUGUCCGUGGAUCGUGCGCUACUGACUGGGGGCCUGAAAGACAACUGGACGGCGCCGUGCGCACGGUACGAAAUGGCGGCGAACAUCUGGCGCGAGGCGGAUGCAGAGGGGCAUCCUGAGGAGCAUGUUGAGGUGCUAGGGCAGUGUAGGGAUUGGUUGGAUGAAGUUACCAAGUGGGGGAGCUACGAUUUAGAUGCCAGAAUCGGAAUAAGGAUUACGACUGCGAAGGAGACGCUGAGGAAGUACGGGAUUCAGUGUUGA